AAAUGAGUUAGGGUUUUUAAGUCGAGAUCGCAAACCUCACACGACAUCUCCUCUCCUCUUCUCUUCCCCUCCUUUUUUUUUUUCUCUCUCCCUCACUGCCUGCGCACCACCAAGCCACGCAACCCCCUCCCCACGAACAGUCGGCAGCCACCGCAGCAGCAGGCGUGCCUCCCCCUCCACGAGCAGCCAGCAGCAGGCUACGUUGCACCCUCACAGCAGCAGCAUAAGGCUGCGUUCCUUCUCACCCACCAACGGCAGCUGAGCUGCGAAACAACCACCAGCAGCGGCUGUGACAUCGAUUGUUCAGCCUCCACUGUCACACUCAUCUCCACCACAUCAACCAUUUUCCUUUCACCCCCUUUUUCUAGUUUCACCAUUGUGCCCAUUUCAUAAGAGGAAGAUAGAACUUUAGUUGGGUGAUUUUUUUGACUUUGAUCGUGCAGUGACGCUUACAGGUCAAAAAGUAAAAUGUUGUCAAGAUGGAGCAGAUCAAUGGUGACUGCAGCUGGAUUACAGACAAAGAUUUUAGGUUUUAUUAAUGGUGAAAAUGUUUUGUUACAUCAAAAUUGUGCCAAAGUUGCUGCCUUUUCAACGGCUUCUUCAUCCUUUGAUUAUGUUGAUAAGAGUUUUGAUAGCAGUAGUAUUGCCACGGUUAAGUUGGACAAAUUGUUCUGGUCAAAGCCUUGUUCAUUGGCAUUGGCUAAGGAUUCACCUUUAAGAAUUGAAGAACCAAACUACGAGGGCUUUCGACGUUUCUUCCUAAAGUUGAUGCUCUUUUAUAGUCAUGAAAGCAAGUCCAUUCGAAGGGCAACUGUGGUUUACAAACGCAUAGUCACACAAGUUGAUAAACCAGCUAUCUACAACACUUUCCACUUGGAAAAAACUUUUAAAACUACUUUCUCCCUCCUUGUGCUUCAUAUGUGGAUGUGCUUGCGACGACUCAAAGAGGAAGGACAAGAAGGUGUUGAAUUUGGACAGUUUGUGUAUGAGAUUUACAAUCAUAACUUGGAAAUGAGAGUAUCCAAGGCUGGGGUUAAUUUGUUAUUGACCAAGUGGAUGAAAGAUUUGGAGAAAAUAUUCUAUGGAAACCUAGUUGCAUAUGAUGCAGCCUUACUGCCAGAAGCUGGAAAAGAUGCUCUUUCCAAUGUCCUAUGGAGGAAUGUGUUUUCUGAGGAUGGUGAAUCAGAACCAAGUGAUGCUGCUAAGCAUCUUGUUCAGACUAUGGCUCGAUAUGUUUCCCGUGAAAUAAAUUGUCUCUCCUUGACUGAUAAAGAAGCCAUGUUCUCUGGAAACUUUAUGUUCACCUCACUAGAGAAUCCAGCCUCCAUUGCAAGGAAACCAUGACGAUGAGAUUGAUAUUAAGUUUUUGGUGCUAGCCAGAUGAUAAUGUAGGUUUUCUCUAAUGAUAUUGUUCCGUAAAUAAAAACCAUUAAAAAAAGAAAUAUUUUUUUUUUGUCAUUUUUCUGGUUAUAGUAGAGUCUAGUAAAUGUGAAGCAGUUGUUCUUUGAACUCGAUCAAUUUUCAUUGAUGCCUCCAGCUUUAGCUAGGCAGUUGAAAUUAUCAAGUUGGUUUUAUGUUUUAUGUAUCAUCAUCAUUAUCCUACCCAGUGUAUUCCGCUUAUAGCUAAACUAUGGACAUGAUCUGGGCAGGGAAGGACAGCGGCAACUCAUACCCAUAAAGGAGAUGAUUUAUAUAUACUUUGAUUAAUUUAUUGAAUUUUUUUUUUAAAUUUCGCGCGGGUCAGUUUUUGGAUUGAUCAAGGUAAAAUAGUGAAAUACUAUCAGUUCCCACUUCCCAGUGUGUAACAGUGCCUAAAGCUUCACUUCUGGCUUUGGGACAUUCUUCAAUUGUAUCGAUCCAUGGAUGUAUUCUGUUUUGAGCAUAUGAAUAUAUAUCAUCCUCUAUGCAACUAAGAUCA